UUCUCACAAAAAUAAGGGUUUAUCAAAAAGCAAUAUUCGUUUCUUCAGUUCUCCCUCAUGAGUGAAUGGGGGUGGGGUGACAUGUUGCAAGUGACGUAGAACCGGCUGUUUAACUCGGAAGCUACUGCAGGAGAGAAGCAUGAAGGAGAAAAAAAUGACCGACAGUGACCUCCACCUAGAGUUGUAGCUGUUGUGUUUCCGGCGAUUUGUGAAAUGCAACUCAUCUUGUAGUACACAUACAUGAUAUUACGAUAGGUAUUUGAAAAAAAAUAUAUAGAUUACCGAGUGGAAAUCCGGUGUGAGCUUCCUCUCUUUUCUUAUUAGCCUUACUGUUAGCUCUGUGUUGUCUGUUUAAAAUCAUGGAUAAGGCGAAAUCAAUUGCGGAACAGAACGGAUUAGGUAUUUGUCACGCGAAUGGACUGCAAAAUGGCUUUCAUUCUCAGCCACUAACCAACGGAACGUGUGCUCAUGGUCCAAAUGGAAGCGGUGGUACUAGUAGUAGCGGUGGCCAUAGUGGAAUCGAAAAUUUCCACCAUCUUCAUCAGGACCUACAGAAUAAUGGAUCCCCUGCUAAAAGGUGCAGACUUCGUAGAAGAAUGGACUCGGGAAAGAAAAACAGACCGCCCUUCCCCUGGUUUGGGAUGGACAUCGGCGGGACCCUGGUGAAGCUGGUGUACUUCGAGCCCAAGGACAUCACGGCGGAGGAGGAGCAGGAGGAGGUGGAGAACCUGAAGAGCAUCCGCAAGUACCUGACCUCCAACACAGCCUACGGGAACACGGGCGUCCGGGACGUGCACCUGGAGCUGAAGAACCUGACCAUGUGCGGCCGCAAGGGCAACCUGCACUUCAUCCGCUUCCCCACCCAGGCCAUGUACCGCUUCAUCCAGAUGGGCCGCGACAAGAACUUCUCCAGCCUGCACACCACCCUCUGCGCCACCGGCGGCGGGGCCUACAAGUUCGAGGAGGACUUCAGAACGGUGGCCGACCUUCAGCUGCUGAAGCUGGACGAGCUGGACUGCCUCAUCCAGGGCCUCUUGUAUGUUGAUUCUGUGGGGUUCAACGGCCGCCCGGAGUGCUACUUUUUCGAGAACCCCUCUGACCCUCAGAACUGUGAAAAGAGUCCGUGUUGUCUGGACAACCCCUUCCCCAUGCUGCUGGUGAACAUCGGUUCCGGGGUCAGCAUUCUGGCCGUAUAUUCCAAGGACAACUACAAACGGGUCACGGGCACCAGCCUGGGCGGAGGCACGUUCCUGGGCCUCUGCUGCCUGCUGACCGGCUGCGAGACCUUCGAGGAAGCCCUGGAGAUGGCGGCCAAGGGGGACAGCACCAACGUGGACAAGCUGGUGAAGGACAUCUACGGCGGGGACUACGAGCGCUUCAGCCUGCAGGGCUCCGCCGUGGCGUCCAGCUUUGGUCACAUGAUGAGCAAGGAGAAGAGAGACACCAUCAGUAAAGAGGACCUUGCCAGAGCCACUCUGGUCACUAUCACCAACAACAUUGGCUCUAUCGCUCGCAUGUGUGCGGUGAAUGAGAAAAUCGAAAGGGUCGUUUUUGUUGGGAAUUUCCUGCGAAUCAACACAGUGUCCACAAAACUGCUGGCGUAUGCCAUGGACUUCUGGUCUAAAGGACAGCUUAAAGCUUUGUUCCUGGAGCAUGAGGGUUAUUUUGGUGCGGUGGGUGCCUUCCUCGAACUGCUGAAGAUGACGGACGACCUGUGAGGGGACACAGAACACCUCUCAACUGAGAAGCUGCUGUGAAGAUAUGAGAGAGCCACUAUAUGAACUGGGGAAAAGCCAUUUUAGUAAUUUAAUGACUGUAAAUAUUGCAAUUUUUUUUCCUCUCUUUUCCCCUCAGAUAAAGAUUUUUAGUAACUAAUUUAAAUCCUAAUGCAGUCUGGAGAUGAGGUGGAUAUACGUGAGCUGUUCACAAGCAAACUUUCCCGGUACUGUGUGUAAAUAUAUAUAUGUAUAUAUAUAUGUGUGUGUAUAUAUAUAUAUAUAUAUGUAUAAAUAUUUAAAUAUAUAUAUAUAUAUAUAUACAUACAUGCAUGUGUGUAUGUAUAUAUAUAUACAUAUAUAUGUAUUUUUAGAAAGUGCGCUAACGCCAAAUCCUACUGACCUUUUUGUUCUAAUUUCAUUGCUGUUUUUUUUAUUUUUUAUUUGUUGUUAGUUUUAAAGUUGUGAGGACCUACUCAAGAAAAUGGACCGUAGGCGUAAUCAGUGAUCGCCCUGUCUCUCCAUACCAUCUGUGUCCAUUGCUUCCAUCAUGGUUCACAGUCCCUGCAAUCUCAUGUUCAUAGCAGGGGGAAGUGUCCUGGUCAGUUUUUGUUCAGGUACAAGUGGGACCAAUCAAGCAAUGGUAAUUGGUCAUUACAAAACAACAACUUGUUGUCUGGACCCGUACUAGCAAAGGAGAUUGACCCUGCUGGUAGUCUUUUUGAGAUAGCCGGGUCUUGGAUCAAUUGUUAAUGUCCUCUGUAUCACAAUGUAUGCAGUAUUUUGAUGCUUUCAUGAACUCCAUCCCUCACAAACCUUUUUUGUCGGUGUGGAGAAAGCCGCAUUCACCCAGAGAGGCUGUGUAUUUUGGCGAAAAUCUUUUGCUAGAUCUGUCACAAAAAAAAAAACAGUACAACAAAAAUAGAGGGUCCAUUUUCUUUACUCUUCUGAGGUGUACUUUUAAUCAGAAUCUGGUGAUUUUUGUAUUAUGUGUGUUAACAAUGAGUACCCCUAGGAGAUUUUUCUAUUUGACCUUUUGGUUAAUUUUCAUGACAUUUCAUGAUAGUAUCUUGGUUUCAAGUGAAACUACAAAGCUGGCCUGUGAACUGCUAUACAUCGCACACACUCUCCUGCCUUUUUAAAAGGAUUUUUUUUGAGAAGUUUGACCUUUCCUGUAAACCUUAACUGUUCACGUAGAAAAGCCUCACCCAUGACUGUUGGAUAAGGCCUUUCCUGCAGUCCUGCAUAGUCUCCAGUGGUAGACAAUGAGCAAAUGACAGCGCUUCGGUAGAGUUCUAUGUCUUAAACCUCUGACCUUACUAAAUCCAAACCGCUUUAAAGCCUCUGGUCAAACCAUAACCCACGUUUUCCCAAUUUUUUUAUGAAUGUAAACAACGUAAUGGUUUCAGUGACCAUUGCAAUUAAUUUAAAAUGUCUUGUGAAAUAGAAAAAGUGCAAAUGGUUGUGGUUACGUGAAUCCUGUUAAAUACCUUCCAAAAAAAUAAAAAAUAUAAUGCACCACAUUUCUCAGAUGUAAACUGGCAGCUUAGCCAGUCCUUUAAAAGAGAACUCAAAAUGUAGAUUUUUGAGGGGUCUUCUUCCCCCUUUAUAUGUAAAUACACUGUAGAAUUUAAACACUGCGCUGAGUAGAGCCGGCUUGAAUUAAAUAAAGGACAUAAGUGGCUGCUAGGGCCCUGUAGCUGAUUGGGGGCCCCCCAUUUAUUUUAACAUAUGUAUAUUAUUUAUAAUGGUGCGUUGGGGAGGGGCCCGAAUCAGAACCUGUUUUGGGCACCUCAAAGGCUAGGGCCGUGGCUGGUGCUGAGGUUUCUCUUUCCCGCCUCUCGUGUUCGAAAAACAAAGAGCGGAACAUCUCGUUGCCUAAGUGGAAUUACUGGAAUUGUACGGCUGCCUGAAAAAAGUUCAGUGUCUUCAACGGAAUGUGGGGUUUCUGUAAGACUGGUUCUUAGUAGUUAAUCCUUUAUUAUUCCCUCCAUUUUCGUUCCUUUCAUCUCUCAGAAUUGGUAUUUGCCUCAUGCUGUUGGGUGCUGCAUUCUCGUUAAAUCGGAUGACAGCACUCUAACAAUGGCUGUGUGCCGUCGCGCUCGAACCCGUGAGCUGUAUGCGGUUGCCUUCACUGAAGAGCAGAGCCCAGGGAUCUUGUUCAAUGCUUUCUUUUUUUGUCCGAGAUCGAAACUCUUUUUUGUUUUGCGGUGUUGGUGUUGUUUGACUUUGUAAUGUUGUUUUUUUUUUUUUUGGUUUUUUUUUUGUGUAUUGUUUUGUGUGCUUUUGCUGUGAACUGUUGUUUUGGCCUGAGACCACCGAUGAACUCAUUGCCAUCACUGUAGAUUGUUUUAAAGCUAUAACUUCAAUUUUGUUGCACAAUUCGCCAAGGACGCCUAUGCGUCUCACUUAGUGAGUUCAUCGCUGUUUCUCCUACGGCUUCUCUGGCGUGCAUCCAGGAAAUGGUUGUUGGCGUUCCGGUGAGUGCAGGCAUAGGAACGGGAAUGAGCAGUCAUGUAACGAGGAACACCGUUCACCAUUUACCCCAUCCAGCAGCUAUGCAUGGAGUGAAUUAAACCCCGUCUUUUUAUAACCCGAAUCCAUGGCAACCGUUUUAACUUGAAUCGGCUGAUGGCUCUCGGCAGUUGCAAGAGAGACGACGGUGCGAGUGAAAUUGUGAAUGGGCAAUGAACACACGUUUUACGCCUUGCUCAUUGGAACCCUGAGGCUUCCAAUCUCUGCCUGUGGAGACUUUUUAAAAAUGUAUUUAUUUUUUUAUCAUGGCGUCUCGCGGUAAUGUGUUCUUGCCGGUUUUCUCCAUUCUCUGUUGAUAAUCAUGUUCAAUGACUACUGAGGAAGUAUUCCAUAAAAUUCUACUGUAUUUUCAUAACACUACCAUCUGGUAUUUUAGACUGAUUUUAUGCAGUUUACCCCUAUUGGUCAGCUAAGUACAUUUAAGACACUAUUUUGUUUAUUUUUUUAUAAUGUAACAAUGAUUGUGUCCUCAGUUUUGCAAAUUGUGUUUAUGAAAUGAAUAUAAUUGCACUUUGCAAAAUGUCUGAAAUACCAACUGAAACCAUAAUGUACAACAUGGCUCUUUUCACAAGAAUUGCCUUCUGAAUUGCCAUAUGUAUUAAUUAAAUCGGUGUUUGCUUCCUUGGUUAAUAAUAAUUACUAAAUCAUACCUUCAUUAAUGAAAAUAAUUCAGAGUGCAGAGAGACUAUUUUCCUUCAUUCAUAUACAUGUGUUCUGAAAUAUUCAUUAUUGAUUAGACAGGAUUUUAAUCUACCAUAAUUUGUGUAGCAAUUAAUGUUAACAUGCUAUGCAGAUGAAUUUAUAAUGAUCACUUAUCAAUGUUUUCUGAUGCUGCAAAUGUGCUGUCCUUCUGUGAUAGUUCAACAAACUACUUACUGUUUUGUAAAUACUCAGUAAAUGUGGGAAUUAUGCAAACUGAUUAUUAUUCUGAGUCAUAUUUUUUUAAAUGAAGACAUUUUAAAAUGAAGACGUUUGUUUUGAAACGGAAAAUAAUUAUGUUGUAUUUAAAUAUACCUGGCAAAAUCCCUGAAUGCCAAUGUUUUUUUUGUCCAUCUGUAUGUACACUUUAUACACAACUCACUUUGAAGGAAAAUGCCAGCGACCUGUCUGCUAAUGAUUCUGUCUAUGUAACUGAUGGCUUACCUUGCUAGCUUUAUGGAAAUGUUAGUGGUGCAUGUGCUUAAUUUUAAGAGAAGUUGAUCAGAAAAAUAAAAAAAUGAAUGAGGGUCAUA